AUGUCAAAUCUGGAAAAAUUAACUCUAAAUAUUUCUAUACGACAUCGAAAUAGAGUCAUUGAUGGUACUGAUAUUCAACACGAUAUUUUUGGUUGUAUGCCACAUCUCCAUUCAUUCACUUUCUGUAUUUGUACUUAUGUGGAAAUGGUUGAUUUAUCCUACAAGUUAACUAGUGAAGAUAUUCAACAAACAUUAACAGAUAUUGGACAACAACAUGCAGUUAGUAUGGUCAGUUAUGUUACUAAGAAGAAAGCUGCAUGCUCAAUUUUCUCACUUCCUUUCGAGUUUGAUUAUCUCGAAGAUCUUGGCAAUAAAUAUCCAAAUACUGUUUUCAGUUAUGUUACGUACUUACUUGUACGAGAUACUGUUCCAUUCGAACAUGAAUUCUUCAUGCGAAUUGCCCAAUCGUUUCCAUCACUGAAGCAUUUACGUAUUUUUAAUAUGAAAUCACAGACAUUAAAUAGUCGUAUGACAUUUUCAUCUGACAAUAGUCAAUUAUACUCAAUUAUUGAAUAUCCACAUCUGACUAUACUUGAUGUGAGAUAUGCACAUAGAGAUUAUGUUGAACAAUUUCUAAAUGAAACAAAGACAUACAUACCUUGUCUGACGAUAUUUCAAGUCUUUGUUGAUGACUUAAAAGCUGUAACAAAAAACUUUAGCAGAGAAGAAACACGACGCAAUUGUGCUAAGGUGGAACAAUUAUUCACGCGAGAAUCAUUGGUACGUACGGACGAUGUUUGGCUUUAUUUUCCUUCCUUGUAUAAGUAG